AUGUCGACAGACACUCUUCCCACCCGAGUCUCCGAGUUGCUCUCCAAAGCCGAGGAGUUCAUUCGCGCCAAUCAACUUCAGCACGCCGCCGAGGCUCUGCAGGAGGCGUCUCGUCUUGAUGGGAAGAAUCCAGACGUCAAGGCCAAAUGGCUGGCCCUCCAAAAUCACGACGGACAGAAUGGGAACACGCUUGACCUGUUGCGAGUGUAUGUUGCCAGCAAUGAUUCGUCCGGUGGCCAAAAGGCGUUACAGGCCUUGAGGUCGAGGUCCAUGCCCUCCCACGAUGCCUCAUCGGCCAUCGAUAUCCUUCUGCGGGCAGGACAAGAUGCUCUCCUUUCGGAUACCCUGACAAGCACGUUACUGUCACGUAACAUCGACGCGCGGAAGGUUGUCGCCGAGAGACUGUCAGCCAAGGCCACGGAAACUUUCGAAUGCUUCUUCAGAGCCGGCGAGGCAACGUUUGAUGCCUUGACCUCAACCCCGCUAGAAGAUGCCCUUUGGUCGAGCAAGCAAAGUCAAGCAGCAGCGCAGCAAGACGUCUUUCGUCUCUGUGUCGCCACCUUGAUCGAGGCUGGAGGGGAACGCUUGGACUGGGUGAUGCGAGCCAUGGCCCGAUUUCUGUCAAUGGCUGCGGAGAAUCUCGCUCCCAUCAUCGAUGAGGACGUAGUGGAUGCCGUCCUCUCAUGCCUCGAUUAUCGCUUGCCCGUUGCCCUUCGAAGUCAAGCAACGCUUGCAACUUCCAAACUCCUCCAAACCACUGGCGACCAAGGGGAAGCCUUGUUUUCAGACUUCAUCACCGGCCGAGCGGCAAAAGGCACGAAUGAAGACCUCAUCGUUGUCUUUUCUGCCGCCGCCGCCGUCUUCCCCAUCAUAACUCCAGUUGCCGCGCGCUUGUUCCUGACUGACGGCUUCGUGCAACGACUUGCGCCGAAUUUGGAAAGAAACUCGGCACAUGGGCAAGCUGGGCAGGGUAAGAGCAAUACCCUGGAAUCCGCCGCCCUCGAGCUUCUCAGUGCCGCAUGCGUGGACGGUGCGUGUCGAGAGGCAAUUCAGAGGUACUGCUCGCAGUGGCUCCACACGCUCAUGGACGAACGUGAAGGUGGACAUAAAGCACUUGCGGCUCUCGUUCUGGCAAAGAUUAGCAACGACCCGGAGGACGAUGUUACUGCAAAGCUUGAGGGACUUGUCCUUGCUGACGACCGCGAGUCUGAUCAAGCGGUCGAAGGUCUUGCGUUUACUUCUUUGCGUCCCAGCGUCAAAGAGGAGAUUGCAAACAACAAACAGCUGCUCAAAAAGCUGGCCAUGACUUUGCGCACUCGAUCGACAGCGACGUUUGGAUGCCUGACGGUGUUUACAAACUUGACAUUAUAUCGGCGGAAUUUGACGGAGGAGCAGAAGAAGAUUUCGCAGCUCAAAGCCUACGCCAACUCUUCCAAACCGGCGCCCGAGGAUCCUCUAGACGAUAAUGCACACGUGACGGGACGAUGUCGAAUGGUCCUCGAAGCAGAUGUCGUACCCGCUUUGGGGGAAUGCUGCAGGCACGCAUCCUCGCCGAACAUCUUGGCGCUCAUCACCGGUAUCUUGCUUGCCCUUGCAAGAGAGCAGAAACACCGAAGCAAGAUGGCACAACAAGGCGCAGUGAAGAUUCUUCUACAGAUCCAUGAGCGAACGAGCAGACUCAAGGACAGUGACGCGGAAGCGACGAGUAUUCGGACAACCUCUGCCCACGCCCUCGCUCGGCUGCUGAUCUCUCUGAACCCCGAUCACACAUUUUCGUCUGGCUUACCCGCAUCGAAUGCCGUCAGCGCUCUGUCUCCGCUGCUUACGUUGAACUCGGACGAGGAACAAAGAGAUCUCUUGCCCACCUUCGAAGCACUCCUUGCGCUCACAAACUUGGCGUCAAUGGACGAUGAGAAUGUGCGAGAUCUGGAGAUUCGUCUUGUGUGGACACCUCUCGAGGAUCAGCUGCUUCUGUCGCCAAACACUCUCGUCCAACGGGCCAGCGUAGAGCUCAUCUGCAACCUCAUGAACUCGCCAUCUUGCGCGGCCAAGUUUGUAGGCGACGGAUCAAAGCGAGAGGCGACGCGUGUGCAGAUCCUCCUUGCCCUAACCGAUGCUACGGAUAUGGCAACUCGCCGUGCGGCUGGUGGCGCCCUUGCCAUGCUGACGGAAUGGGAUGCGGCGGUCACAGCCAUCCUCGAUCAGGACAAAGAUACAGGGCCGAAUGGCGUCAAAGCAUUGCUGAGGAUGUGCACGGACGAGAGUGAUGAAGUCAGUCAUCGGGGGAUUGCCUGUCUAGGCAAUGUUGUUAAUGCGCCGGGGGAUGUCGGCCAACGCGGCGUCGAGACUGUCAAGCAGCACAAUGGGAAAGACAUGCUGACGACAGCGAUGAAGAAGUCGAAGGACCGGGAAUUCAUGCGGAUUGGAGUCGAGGUGAUGAAAAAGUUGAUGUGA